AUGGGGUGGUUCAGUUCGGAUAACGGGGUGGACACUGGUAUAAUCCACGGGUUGCCCUUCAUGAAUUUGCAUGAUUACAUCGUCAUCACCCAGGAACUUGUUGGAAGUGCCGAUUCCCAGGUGCUGCCCAUUGGCUGGGACAUGAAUCCUGUGGGCUGCAGCUCAGAGUCUGAGAGGAGCUGGAUACAGCCACCCCUCAUAGGGACUAGAUGUAACUUCUUCCCAGGGAGGGUGUGCCCCCAGUACCCUGAGCCUGUGCCCCUGGUCCACCCCUUUCCUGUGUUGAAGGAGUCGCUAGAAAAGGUCAAUGAUGCCCUGGGCCAGAGGGAAGGCCUAAAGCCCAUCCCCUGUGUAACUCUGUGGAGGAUGAUCAGCCAGCUCUCAGGUGAAUGGCCUCAGACAAGCUGUGCUGAAGUCUGUUUUUUUUUUUUUUUGUGGAGGGGCAGCUCACAGGAGGCCUUGAGUCUGUUGAAGGACAAUAUUCUGGGAGCGGACCCAGGCACCAAGUGCUAAUAUAGCACACUGGCCUUCUUGAUUCUAGCCCAUGUCCUGGCAGCCCAUACAGCAUAGCUGGAUUACCAAUAUUGGGUCUUGGAACAUGUGCUGGAGCCACUGGGAAUGGACACUGGCUUUGACCUCAUGCCCCUGUUGUGUGACGGCUGGAAGUCUACACUGCUCUACGACUUGGGCUGGUACUGCCCAUCGGGCCAGAUAUACUUCACGCCUGCUGAUCUAGUCAUGGUGCAGCCCAAGGCGUCCAAAACCGCUGUUGGCGACAACAAGAAGGGCACUCCGUGGGAGUUCCAGCUACAGUGGAGCUACUGCGUGGUGCGCAAGGACAGCGACCUGGAGAGAUACAUGGCCACCUUCUCCCUGGUGCCACCCCUGUGCCUGGGCUUCAUACUGCUUCUGGCCGGGCCAUGGCCCCCAGUGCGAGACCUGGUGGUGCAGGCUUACAAUGAAGUGCUGUUGACCCUGGAGAGGACCCUGGGAGAGGCGGAGUGCAGCCAGGAACCACUGCCCAGCGCGUGGUCCUUCGUGGCUUCACUUUCUUCAAUAAAAUGGUCUUCGAGGUGUGCACGGGGCCGGCAGGACAUGUCCAUCUAGACGCAGCACGGGAAGCUGGCCAACUUCUGUCCUUUGGACCAUCACGGGUUGUCCUCCUCUCCUCCGUGGCCCCCUCCCCCCGUUUCCAUGUGUUGGACCUCAACACGCACAAGUGCUGCGGCUGUCCUACAAGCCCGACUUCAAGACCCACUCCCACCUCCCAAGGAGGGGUGGGCAGAGGGAGAACAGGCAGAUGACAGCUCCGAGUUUCAGCAGCACUUCCUUAGGCUGUGGUUCCCCUGGAAAGUGGGGAAGAGUCCUUGGAAGGGGCAGGGCCUCUGA